AUGAGGGUUCUUCCGCUCUCAACCAAACGCAACGUCACGUUCCUCAACGAUCACAAUUCUCCGAUGGAUCAGCCUGGCUCCAGGAAGCUUCGUCGCCUCCCUCACGUCUUUGGGAAAGUCCUGCAACUCCCCUUCCGUUCUGAUGCUGAUGUCCUCAUCGAAGACACAGAUGAUGCAAUCAGAUUUAUUGCGGAAAUAGAGGACUUUGAUUUAUCUGGAGCCCAGAAUAACGUGAGGGCGCAUGCAGUGGAGAUUCAUCCGGGUGUGACGAAGAUUGUGAUCAGGAACGGAGAAAUGGGAGAAUUGCUGGUAAAUGAACUCAUGGUUGAUGUUUGGAGGUACAGGCUCCCCCCUGUGGCCUUGCCGGAAUUAGUGACAGCGGUGUUUGUUAACGGAGAACUUAUCGUGACAGUGCCCAAGAGCGAGGAGUUGGGGGUAUUGAGGAACGGGAACAAUGGGGCUGUUCCGAGGAUCAUUGUUGUACAGUAA